AUGGGUUCUGAGUCCUUUGUCUCGGCGCUCUCGGCCUUCAUCCGGCAUCCAUUCGUAGAGACCUUUACCUGGCUCUACAUGGCUAUGCAAGCCGUGUUGGUUUACAUAUUUUCUCCUAUACCCCCACCCCCUACUGCUCAGAAUCCCAAUCUUCCUCGAAAGAGAGUCGCAGUGAUUGGCGCAGGCCUGACCGGUGUGUCCUCGGCUGCCCACUGUGUUGGCAAUGGCUUCGAUGUCCAAUUAUUUGAAUCUAGACCCAAAGAACAAGGAUUGGGAGGCAUCUGGAGUAGAGUCAAUUCCACCUCCGCAUUACAAGUCCACAGUGUCAUGUACCGUUUCCAUCCUUCGGUCCAGUUCGACAGUGCAUAUCCCACCCAGCAACAGAUAAAAGAGCAAAUCGUCGAUGUCUGGAAGAGAUAUGAUCUAGAAAGACGCACUGCCUUUGAGACCAAAGUUACAUCCGUGAAAAAGACUAAGAAUGGUCAGUGGAUUAUCAACAACGACGAAGAGCAGUAUGGCCGCUUCGACGGUAUCUUGGCUACGGUAGGUGUGUGUGGAGAUCCUAAGAUGCCACCGCUACCCAGCCAGGAAAAAUUCAAGGGCCAAAUCUACCACUCCUCUGAAUUGGAUGGCAAAGACGCCAAAGGCAAAAAGGUGCUCAUUGUGGGAGGCGGUGCUAGUGCCAUCGAGGCCUUGGAGUUCGCCGUCAAGAAUGAGGCUGCCGAGAUUGAUGUUCUUGCUCGGUCCGAUAAAUGGAUCAUUCCUCGCAAUAUACUCGUGCAGUCUCUGCUAGCGUGUAAUAUCUUUGGCCAGGAAACCUCACUCUCGUGGAUUCCCGAAUGGUUGCUGCGCAAGUUUUUCUAUCGUGAUUUGCAAGACAUUGCGCCGACAAACAAGGGAAUAUUUACCGGAACUCCAAUGGCAAAUGACGAGUUGUUUAACCAGAUCCGUGAGGGCAAAGCCCACUGGUUACGAGGUGACAUCGUCUCUGUGGAAGAGAAGGGUGUGAUGUUUAACUAUCGAUCUAAAGGCGUCCCCAAGGGAGGACCUGGCCACGAACGACUGGUCGAGGGAGACAUCAUCGUCAUGGCAACUGGUUUCAAACGGCCUUCAUUGACCUUUUUGCCCGAUGAGUGUUUCGAUGAACCCUACGGACCGCCUAGUUGGUAUCUCCAAGUCUUCCCACCCAAGUACCCGGAUAUUUGCGCAAACAACAGCACCUACGUCGAUGCGAUUGGUACUGUGGGUAAUAUGCACAUUGGAAUCUACACGCGAUUCCUGCUCAUGUUCUUGACCGACCCAUUGACCAGACCCACUGAAGGGUGGAUGAAGACUUGGAUUGAUUUCACCAGGUUUAUGAAACGUCUGGCACCCACCGGAGCAUUUGACUUUUUUACCUAUGCUGAACUGAUUUACUGGUACUUCUUUGUCCUUGUUGUCAACCCGUUCCGUUGGAAGUGGGCGUUGUUUGUGUUCUUCGGUAUUGGUCGAGGCUUGCCCUUGAGAUUUGUGGAACAGGAAAAUUCGUUCCGCAGGGAGCUGAAGAAACAGCGCAAGUCAAAGAAAGCUCAGUAA